GACAGUCGCUGUGAGCCGGAGAGACAGUCGCUGUGUGCCGGGGAGACAGUCGCUGUGUGCCGGGGAGACAGUCGCUGUGUGCCGGGGAGACAGUCGCUGUGAGCCGGAGAGACAGUCGCUGUGUGCCGGGGAGACAGUCGCUGUGUGCCGGGGAGACAGUCGCUGUGUGCCGGGGAGACAGUCGCUGUGUGCCGGGGAGACAGUCGCUGUGUGCCGGGGAGACAGUCGCUGUGUGCCGGGGAGACAGUCGCUGUGUGCCGGGGAGACAGUCGCUGUGUGCCGGGGAGACAGUCGCUGUGUGCCGGGGAGACAGUCGCUGUGUGCCGGGGAGACAGUCGCUGUGUGCCGGGGAGACAGUCGCUGUGUGCCGGGGAGACAGUCGCUGUGUGCCGGGGAGACCCUGUCCAGCGGCUCCUCGCUGAGAGGCUGACACACGCACAGGCACUCAGUGACAGCAGGAAGGAGGGUCCCAGAUCCGGAUAUUACUAUUAUUAUUAUUAUUAUUAUUAUUAUUAUUAUAUUAUUAUUAUUCAGGGUUUGAAAAGCGGUGCUAAUGCAAACUCGGAGCUGGGUGUUGGGUGCGCUCUGCUCUCCCGAUCUCACCCGGUGAGAGACCCUCUCCACACCCCGCCUCUCGCCCGAUCGCUCUGUUUAACCCCUCCGAUGCCCGUGGAUUUGUCUCGAGUGUCUCUCUCGCAUGCCGUACGCACUGCAAUGUCCUCUGGAGAGUGGGAGAGAGCGCCCCCUAGCGACGAGGAGCAGGCGUCCACGCUGGACAGUCAGCUGGACAGGGAGCUGACGCAGAUGGCUAUCAGCGAGAGCGCCCUCCCUGUCGCUGGAGACCUUCCUGGCCGUUACCGGGCAGAGGCGGACGCUCCCACUUUGUGGGCCAGCGCGGGGGGGUUCACCGGGCAGGUCCAAGCUCUCACUGGGUGGGAGCUGGAAAUGGCUGAAGAGAUAUACUCCUUCCUGCAAGAGGAGCGGAGUGAGGCUGGGUACACACCCUGGUCCAGUGAUGAUCCCCGCAGUCCCUCGGUGGAAGAGCCUGCGACCACAGUGCCCCCUGCCUGCCAGGGGGAGCCUUUGCAUUGCGGGGCGGAUGGGGAGGAAGAUGGGGUCACACAGACAGAGGAGAGAGAGGUGCAGACGGACUUCCAGACCUCAGAGACAGGAGUCAACACUGAGCAGGUCACAGGGAAGUACAUGGAGGAAGUGAUGUCAGAGAGUGCAGUUCUGCGGGAGCGCUACCAGGAAGUGCUGGACAAGCAGACGCAGGCAGAGAAACAGCAGCAGCUGAAAACGAGGGUCCUGCAGGAACUGAGAGAGGAGAGACUCAGAGUCCACAAGGGGACCCUGGAGCAGGUGCAGGAGCUGAUAGCAAAGAGAGAGGAGAACCGCAGGAAGUUUGAGAAGGAAAAUAAGGAGCACAGCCAGAAAGAGCAGGAGAUGAAGAACGAGAUUGACAGACUGGAAGAGGAGUUGAAGGGGCUGCUGCGUAAGCAAGAAGAGGAGGAGACUCGAGUGGCAUCACUGAUCGGAGAGCAGACUGUGGAGAGGGAGUGCUGGGAGAGAGAGCUGGCCGACCUGCGCAGUCAGCUGAUGGAACAGAAUCCCAGGAUUGAGGAGGAGACGAGGAGGGCACUGAACACAGAGGUGGCGGUUCUGGAGUGCCAGAGAGAGAACAUGCUGGCUCAGACAGAGGAGUGGCUGACAGAGGCGGAGCAGCACCUCCAAAACCUGCGACUGGGUCCGGGUUCGAUAGACAACCUCCAGCAGAGACACGAGUGGGACACACAGAUCGGGCGAGUGCGCAUCGAGCGGGUCAAUGUGCAGAACCAGUAUAACGGGCACAUUCAACUGGUGAGGAAUGGGGCGAAACUGACGAGCCUGCCAAGCAUCCCUGCCCCAUCCCUGCCAGCAGUACCAAUGGCUCUGCCCCCACCUCCUGUGUUCCGGCCGCUGGUUCCCAUGACGAUGCCAGGUGGAAUGCCCCGUUACUGUAUGCCUCCCCCCGCGUUUCGUCAGAGUGCUCCUCCUGUUUCCAUGGUGAAGCCCUUCACUGCACCACAGCCCCCACCCCCUGCCGCUGCCAUGCCGACAGUGACCUCACAGACACCAGCCCAACCUUCUGGCCUCCCAUACCACUCUCCCUCGAACCCUCAGCCAGCAAGCAGCAAACCGGCCGGCAAACUGGAGGUCCUGCUGGAGAAACUACAGAGCCGCUUCCCCCAGUGCACCAGGCCCCAGCUCACCUCGGUGCUCCAGCAGAUCAAGACGUCUCGCGGGACCAUGGCCGGCCUCUCUGUUGAGGAGCUCACCCAGCAGGUGGCACAGACGCUGGCGGAUAUACAGAGACAGAGACAGUCUCUCGGCCCAGUUGGGCCCCCCUCCACCGGAGCAGGACCUUUUCCUACCUCUGUGCCCCAGGCUUAUCACCCUGCUCCACGAAUGCCUUCAGUGCCUGCAAGGCAGCCCACGGCGCCGCAGCCAGUGAACAGGAAGUUGUGUCUGAUGUGUCAGAACGUCGUGGAACCUGGAAACCUGCACCCCAUGAGCUGCUCACACACCGUACACAGAGAGUGUAUCAAGGUGUGGGUGCAGUCCAGCAAGAACAGCUGCUGUCCUUUCUGCCCCAGUGUGAAGUAGCUCCUGCGACUCCGGACAGACCCGUUCCUCCUCAAGGUUCAGCUCAACACAGGGUUUUAUUUGUGUUUGUGGAUAAAGACAGUUCUCCCUUUGAGCGCGUUGUGCAACCCGCUGCUCUUUAUUUCACUGUGCUGGAAACGAUACGCCUUUCUCCUUUGUCUGUCUUUCUGGCUGCAGUAUGAAGACUGUCAGCCUGCCUCGUGCACACGAGAGGGGGGAGCGGACAGGAGCAGCCCCCCGUACACUCCCAGUCUGAGUCAGUUUUAGUUCGGACCCAAAGGGGAAGCCUGCUGUUUUCGCGCAGCGCUCUCACACAAGUGCUUGUCAAACACUCAAUAAAGCUGAUUUUCCAAUAA